GGUACCAAAUUUUGGCUCAUUGUGGCUUCGGAGUGGCUGCUACUCACGCUCACUUGCACUCCUCUACCGCUUUGAAGCGUAUCAAAAAUGGCGAUGGAAGAAACAUCUCUUCCUCCGCAACUUGAGAGGCUUUCUACGCUCAUUGACCAGAAGCCACAGGGACUGGCGGUCGGCGACAGUGACCUCCGAGUUGAGGCACUCAAAGCCACAAAAUACCUAUAUGACAUAGCUUUGAAGUCCGAGGCAGAGUCUAGGGGACACAUUACUGAGCUGUUGUCGUCCAUUUCUCCUUCCCUUGCGCCACAGACACGCUCGCAGACCGCCGCUCGCACCCAGAACGCCGCUCAGUCGCACGAAGAUGCUCCGGACUUUGAGGCGACACCAUUGACCGAGCUCUUCGUCGAAGGGAUGGACGAGGAACAGAUAUGGUCCCAGCUGGAGCUGAGGGCUGAGAAUGUCUGUCGUGUCCUCCAAUACGCGCUUGAUGGGAUGGUCGAAACAAUAGACGACGAUGAAGAAGAAGACGAGGAGGAGGAGGAAGAAGAAGAAGAAGAGGCCGAGGCCGAGGAAGGUAUCAGGAGGAUGAGACAGAUCAUAGCGGAGGCCGAGGACGAUGGCAUGGAGAUCUACGAAGGCAUGGACGUCGACAAUGAUGACGAGGAUGGCGAUGAAGGCGAGGAGGAUGAUGAUGAGUCCGAGGACGACCCGGAUGAAGACCUCGGUGAAGAUAUCGUUGAGCUCCGUGACCCUUCAGACGAGGAGGACGAGGAGGAUAAGGAGAGCGAGGCGAAGGAGAGACGUCCGCUCUAUCUCGACACGGAAGAGACCUCGCUUUUUUUCAGCAGACAACCCCCCAGACCCCCGAAACGGAAGGGCAAAGGUGUCGGCCACCCAGAGCUGGACGACGGGUUCUUUGACCUUGCGGCCUUCAACCGGGAGACUGAGGAAGCGGAGGCUGGGGCUGUGUCCAAAGGCAGACUUGGCAAGGGCAAGAAGGACAGCGAUGAUGAGGAUGAGAAUAUGGAAGACGACGUCGAUUUGUUUGCACCAGUUGACGACGCUGGGGAGGCCUUCGAGGAGGAUGUCUUAGAAGAUGGCGGCGGUGAACUGUUCUACAAGGACUUCUUCGACCCUCCUGCUCGUGAUCCUCGGGCGAAUGUGAAGGGGAAGGGCAAAGCGAAGGCUAUGACACCUCGAGCAAGCGUUCGCUUCCACGAGCAAGUCAGAGUGAAGAAGAUCAAGGCAAGGGGCAAAAACCUGCCUACUUCGUCGUUGUAUUCCCAGGAUGAUGACGAUGACGACGAUGAUGAGGAAGACGGAGAUUUCGAAUACAACGAAGAGGAUGACGACGACUUUGGCAGUGGGUCCGAGUCCAUGGACGAAGACAACUCAGAACAUGACGGCUCAGAGGACAGUGAGGUCGAUGACGAGGAGGGAAGUUAUGAGGAUGACAGUACGGCUGUCGAGGGCGAGGAUGGCGGUCUUCAGACGAUGGAACGCUUCAAGGAUGACCUGUUCGCGGAAGAGGAAGACAUGCAGCCAGACAUGACUACGCAUGAGAAACGCAUGGCUGCACUCCGAGAAGAGAUAGCCGCGCUGGAGGCUGAGAACGUCGCAAAGAAGGAGUGGACGCUCAUGGGCGAGGCAACAUCACGUUCACGACCGCAGAACUCCUUACUGGAAGAAGACCUGGAGUAUGAACGACUGAUGAAGUCCGUGCCUAUCAUCACCGAGGAGGUCGUGCAGAGCCUCGAGGAGCGUAUCAAAGCUCGCAUUCAAGAGAACCAGUUUGAUGAUGUUGUUCGGCGGCGACCGGUGGACGACAAGCCCUUCCUACCAUCUCGCUUUUUCGAGCUGCAGGACACCAAGUCGAAGCAGUCGCUGGCUGAGAUAUAUGAGGAUGAGUACACGGCUGCGCAGACCGGAGGCGUUGCAGGCGAGGAUCGCGAUGGCAAGCUCAAAAAGGAGCACGAAGAGGUCGAGAAGCUGUGGGAGCAGAUCUCGGGGAAGCUCGACGCACUAUGCAAUGCUCACUUCACACCGAAGGCGCCCAAAGGUUCGAUAUCCACCAUAUCAAACGUCGCAGCAGCGUCGAUGGAAUCCGCGCUCCCUACGACCAUGUCUACCUCCUCUAUGCUUGCGCCCGAGGAAGUCUUCGCCCCACCGUCCGCAACCGAUCUCCAUGCGAAGAGCGAGCUCACACCCGCUCAAAAACGUGCUCUCCGUAACAAGGAGAAGAAGGCUAAGAAGAAAGCCCGGGAUGUACUGGAGAAGAGCGUGGACAAGUUUGCGCAGUCUAGGAGGCCCAGCAGUGUCAAGAGGCAGAAGGAAGCGGCGCUGAAGAGCGUAGUAAAGAGUGGGAAGGGCGUCACUGUGGUCGGAAAGCAGGCCAAGGAUAUCACUGGCAAACGUGCCCGGACAAAGUCAUGAUUGUAUCGUCGAUCUCUCCUCGUGUAUUGACUGAUCGCUGUUGCGGAUGAUCUGCACUUGUCCCUUGUUGUAGCUGUGGCUGUGCUUGUGUUACUCUCUUCCACAUUAGUAACAAUAAUAUCUAGGAGGACGCUGUACAGCAUCUCCGGUGCAUGUCGAAAUGCAGUAGAAGUUGUGCAUCGAA